CAGCUGAGGGAACAGCUCAGUUACCUUAAGGGUGAUAACUUUUUUAGGUUUACUUGUUCAGAUUGCUCAGCAGAUGGCAAGGAGCAGUAUGAGCGGCUGAAGCUAACAUGGCAGCAAGUUGUCAUGUUGGCAAUGUACAACUUGUCUCUGGAAGGAAGUGGACGUCAAGGUUAUUUCAGGUGGAAAGAGGAUAUCUGUGCUUUUAUUGAGAAACAUUGGAAUUUUUUACUGGGAAAUAGGAAAAAGACUUCGACAUGGUGGAGCACAGUAGCAGGCUGCCUUAGUGUGGGAAGCCCUAUGUAUUUCCGUUCUGGUGCUCAGGAAUUUGGAGAACCCGGAUGGUGGAAACUUGUUCAUAACAAGCCCCCAACAAUGAAACCUGAAGGAGAGAAGUUGUCUGCCUCCACUUUGAAAGUAAAAGCCUCAAAACCAAUGUUGGAUCCCAUCAUUACUGUUGAGGGACUCAGAAAACGGGCAGGUCGAAAUCCUGUGGAAUCUGCCAUGGAAUUAAAAGAGAAAAGAUCUCGAACACAGGAAGCAAAAGACAUUAGAAGAGCCCAAAAGGAAGCAGCAGGCUUUCUUGAUAGAAGCACAUCUUCCACCCCUGUGAAGUUCAUAAGCCGAGGUCGUAGACCAGAUGUGAUUCUUGAGAAAGGAGAAGUGAUUGACUUUUCAUCCUUGAGCUCUUCUGACCGAACCCCGCUGACUAGCCCUUCUCCUUCUCCCUCACUGGAUUUCUCUGCCCCUGGGACACCAGCCUCUCAUUCUGCUACACCUAGUUUGCUUUCAGAAGCAGAUCUGAUUCCAGAUGUGAUGCCACCUCAAGCCUUGUUUCAUGAUGAUGAUGAAAUUGAAGGUGAUGGCGUUAUAGACCCAGGGAUGGAGUAUGUUCCACCCCCAGCUGGAUCCUCAGCUUCUGGACCAGCAGGAGGCAGAAAGAAGGUCAGAGCCCCUGAACAGAUAAAGCAGGAGGUAGAAAGUGAGGAGGAAAAGCCAGACAGGAUGGAUGUAGACAGCGAAGACACAGAUUCAAACACUUCUAUGCACACAAGGGCUCGAGAGAAGAGAAAACCUCCCCUGGAGAAGGACAUGAAGCCUAAAGGGCCCAAGUAUACUCCUGUGAGCAUCUAUGAGGAAAAACUGCUUCUCAAGAGGCUGGAAGCUUGUUCCAGUGCAGUGGCCAUGACACCGGAAGCUCGGAGACUGAAGCGGAAGCUGAUUGUCAGGCAAGCGAAAAGAGAUAGGGGAUUACCACUUUUUGACUUGGAUGAAGUUGUGAAUGCUGCCCUUUUGUUAGUUGAUGGAAUUUAUGGAGCCAGAGAAGGAGGAGUUUCCAGGCUUCCAUCUGGACAAGCCACUUACAGGACUACCUGUCAGGACUUCAGGAUCCUGGACCGAUACCAGACUGCCUUACCAUCUAGGAAAGGAUUUCGGCACCAGACAACCAAAUUUUUAUAUCGAUUGGUGGGAUCAGAAGAUAUGGCUUUGGACCAAAGUAUUGUCAGCCCUUAUACUUCUCGGAUCUUGAAGCCUUAUAUCAGGCGUGAUUAUGAGACAAAGCCACCCAAACUACAGCUCCUGUCACAGAUUCGUUCUCACUUGCACAAGAGUGACCCUCAUUGGACACCUGAGCCUGAAGCACCUCUCGACUACUGCUAUGUCCGACCAAAUCACAUCCCAACAAUCAACUCCAUGUGUCAGGAGUUUUUCUGGCCGGGCAUUGACCUGUCUGAGUGCUUGCAGUAUCCAGAUUUUAGUGUUGUUGUCCUUUAUAAAAAAGUCAUCAUUGCCUUUGGCUUCAUGGUUCCUGAUGUGAAAUAUAAUGAAGCUUACAUUUCAUUUUUGUUGGUCCAUCCUGAAUGGAGAAGAGCAGGGAUUGCAACUUUCAUGAUUUAUCAUCUGAUUCAGACCUGCAUGGGCAAGGACGUGACCCUUCACGUCUCAGCAAGCAACCCUGCUAUGCUGCUGUACCAGAAGUUUGGAUUCAAGACUGAAGAGUAUGUUUUAGAUUUUUAUGAUAAGUAUUACCCAUUGGACAGUACUGAGUGUAAACAUGCUUUCUUUCUAAGGCUCCGGCGCUGACAUGAACUCAGAAAGAACCGUUUG